GGGGGGUUAAUGUACACUGAAGUGUCUUGUUCCAUGCCUGUUCCAUGCUGAAGAGAAUGAAGCUUGGCUUCAUUCUUGUGACAGCUUUCCCCAGCCAUGGUUGGAUUUGUUGUUGAAUUACAACUUGCAUCAUCCCAGAUCCUUGGCUAGGCAGGCUGGGAGCUGUGAAUGCCAACAAGAACUGGAGCGCCACUGAUUCCUUGUCCCCUUUCUGUGCAGUCUUACCACCUCAAUCGGAGGCAGCAAUCCUUCUGAAUACCAGUUGGUGGAAACUGGAAGAGGGAACAGUGCUGUUGAACUUAGAUCCUGAAUGCUGGCUUCCUGUAGGCAUCUGAUUGACUACCAUGAGAACAGGAUGCUGGACUAAGUGGGCCACUGGCCUGAUCCAGCAGCCUCUUCUCAUAUAUUAUGUUCUGUGUAAUACAAAUCAGUCCCUCCCUGCUUCAUCCAGUUGUUUCAUUGGGGAGCGGCCUGGACGAUUUGAUCUGUGGCAUAAAUGCUGAAGUGAGUGCAGAUUAAUUUCAACCCCUAUUUGCCAUAAGUCACUCCACCCAUGUACAUCAGGACUUAGUGGGCCAAAUCAGAACCACAAGCUAUAUCUCCACCCUGAGGUCCUAGAAAAGAAUCCAGGAAAUUUGCAUUGUUUUGAAUAGGAAUCAACCUUACAAAUGUUUACAACAUUAAAAACACAAAUCACACUGGAAAGUUUUAUAUUGAUGCUUCUGUUUGCUAUUUUAUAGUAAGGUCAAAUAUGUGUUUUAAGCAUUCGGGCUAACCACAUGGGUAUUUGAGUAAAUCCCACAGCAUUAGAUUUCUAGCCUUAUUUGACACUGAGCAAAUGCUACAAUGCUUCAAGAGGGAGGCAGCACACAUGGCUGUGUAGCCACAACUAUCAUAGCACAGCAGAAGUACAAAUGAGAGAGAGAAAAGAAAAUGGCCUAAAAUCAACCAUACACAUCAUUUACAUAUUCUUUUAAAGAGCUGGGGGGGGAAGGGAACCCAGUGCCUGAUUUUCUCUUGAACUAUAUUAAUGGUUUGUGGGGGUUCAACAGUGUGCUUAAUAACCUCUAAGGAAGGAGAGUCCUUUCUUUCUCUUCUUGCCAAAUGUACAACCCAUGGAUGAGCUGUAGUGUAAGUGGACAUUGGACACGACCCCAAAUAGUGGGUUAGUUGGAUGUACCGUACUUUUCCGUCUAUAAGACUAUGUUUUUUACCUUAAAACAACGCUUAAAAAUUGGGGUCGUCUUAUACAUGGGUAGUACAGAGGAGGGAUGGUGGAAAUGAUUUCUGUCUUGAGUAGUAGAUUUUCACUGGCGUUAUUGUGGGUGAUAGGCUGCUGCGGCAAGGUCUGCUUGCGAUUGGGCACUGCUGCGGCAGUUGCCGCUGGUGAUUGGGCUCUGCUGUGGCAAUGGGGCGUGUGAUUGGCGGCUGCUGGCGUUGAUCAGAAAUAAGAUAGGAGGCUUCUGCGUUGCGUUCGAUCGCAAGCAUUUGGAAUUUGGGUGAGCUUUUUUCGGCAUUCCUCCCAUUCCGGACAACCCCUCCCCAAUUUUCUUAACAUUGAGUCCCCAAAAUUAGGGGGUGUCUUAUCCAUGGGGGCUUCUUAUAAACAGAAAAGUAUGGUGUGUUGGAUGACUAGAAAUUAAGAGGGACUUGACUGCUUGCAAAGAGGCUUCACUUUUACAGAGGAAUUAGAGAAAAUGCAAGUGAGCGAUGCCACAUGUGAAUGAGUUGUAUGAGGACAGUAUCUCUUGUCUGGAGAAGGGACCAUGGGAGGUGUGCAGGCACCACGUUCCAGUAAGGACUGGGUUUUUGCAAACUUUCAGCUUGUCAGGCAGGGCUUCUAAGCAAGGUCUCAAGGAUAUGUCAUAGGAGGUACUGUGGAUGGCAGGCAGACUGCCUUCUGUGCAGAAUUUAAAGAACUUUAAACAUUUGCUGGUUGAAAAACCAGACACAUUAUUGUCUACCACAAGUCUUACAAUUCUGGGCUCUCCUCUUCUUAGCCAUAGGUGAGUUAAAUAGCCUUUGGCAAGAUGUUUCAUCUGUUCAUCUCUAUUAAGUUUCUAUGUGAAGCAUAGAACAUAAUGAGAAGGUUUCCCGUUGGUUUCUUGAAGUUUAGACAAGCCCUUCUACAACAGUAAGAAUAAAGACAGCCAUAAUAUGAUAACAAUGGAUUGCCAGCUGAACUGUCAGGUGUGCAUUCUAUGGUCUUAUCCAGGCAUCCCCAAACUUCGGCCCUCCAGAUGUUUUGGACUACAAUUCCCAUCCUCCCCAACCACUGGUCCUGUUAGCUAGGGAUCAUGGGAGUUGUAGGCCAAAACAUCUGGAGGGCCACAGUUUGGGGAUGCCUGGUCUUAUCUCUUCACUAUGUUUCAGGUGGGCUGCCUGAAACAUCUGCUGUCUCCCAUCUGCUGUCACUGAUGCCCCCUCCUCCAGUUAUAGAAAAUUAAGCAUCAGAAAUGGGAAGCUCACUCAUUCACUGCAGUUUUUUUGUGCUUUUUUUGUUAUCAAAUCUAUAUUGAUAGAUUUAUCCAAACAAGUUCCUCAGCCAUGUUCUACAUAUUGCAGUAUAAGCAAAUUAUCUAUCUAUCUAUCUAUCUAUCUAUCUUGUUUUGGUCUUGGUUAUAAGGGAAUAGAAAGCAUUGCAUUAAAAGUACCUUUGUUGGGUAAGUUGUUCAUGGAUAUAACUAGGUAGAAUUUAUACUUAAUGUGAUUGUUACAAAUUUGUACAUAAUUUGUACUCAUAAUGGAAUGCUUUUCCAGAUAUAAAUGUACAGUGAAGAAGAAGAAACCUUACUGUUACUGUUUGAAUAGUUGUAAUUAUAAAUCCUUGAGUUAUCCACCAUGUUUUCAUUUCUUGACCUUCUGGUGACUUUGGAAAGGCAGAAGUCUUCUCCAGUAGCAGAGGGGAAACAGUCUGUUAUAUUCUUUGAGUCAUUUAACAGUUGCUUCUGUCACUUUCAUUUACUGUCCUGUUUAUCUGUAUUACUGAAUUUGAGAUUGCUAGUAAGUAAUCUUGAGGUCACUAAUUAACAGGUAAUCUGCCCUACAACAAUCACCUAAAAGGAUCAAGUGAAAUAAGACUUUGCUUAACGUUUAGUGGGUGAAAGUUCAUAGGUGUACUUGAACUGUAUAAACCUUGGGCAUCUUUUUAAAAAGUCCUUUUACACAUAUCACUACAAUUUAUUUUAUUUUGUUCUGUUUUAUUUAUAUCCCACCUUUUUCUCAAAGGAAGUCAAGGUGGUGUCCAUGCUUCUCUUCCUCAUUUAAUCCCUACAACAGCCCUGUGAGGUAGGUUAAGCUGAGAGGCAGUGACUGGCCCAAGGUCACCCAUUGAGCUUCAUGGCUGAAUGGCGAUUUGAACCCUGGUCUCUCAGGCAUUCUAACUACUACACCACAUUGGCAGGUGAAAAAACACAAGUGAAAAAACAAACGAGAGAGGAUCUGUUUCACGUUGCCUGUUGUAAUCUGCAUGUAUAACAUAAGCUUUAUGGAUUGACUAUUCUGACCUAUUGUGUACAGUCUCUGAAAGUGUAUAGCAAGUGCUUUUUUUUUUUUUACAGACAUGUGGAUAUCUCUUUGAGAAAAGACAAAAGCCCUGGCAUAGAGAUAGCUCAGUUGAUAGAGCUCAAGGCUCUUAAUCUCAAGGUUGUGGGUUCAAGCCCCACGUUGAGUGAAAGAUUCCUGCAAUGCAGUGGGUUGGACUAGAUAAUCUAUAUUCAUUUAAGAAUUUUUUUUAACCACAUGCAAAAUCCUCAAGAGAAUUGCCUUGGGCAUAUAAAACAUGUUCUGAAGUACAUGCAUUUUAAAUAAGUUUUAUUAUUCUAACUGAAGAAAAGUUUUAUUAAGCUCAGUAAUGCACAUAUAUUGGUGAAGAUUUCAAUUAAAGGUUGAAUUGUCUUUUUCUGCACUUUUCCAGAAAAAAGUGAGAAUAGGGAUCCCCCCCAAAAAAAACAAAUGUGAAAUGUGAAAUUUCCCAAUCCAUUUCAAGGAAUUGUCUCAUUAGAGAGCUCUUUGAGAGAAGCAGCUGUCAGCUGACCAGUGUUGUUCCUUUCAGGCUAAAAAGAGAUGGCUUUACUUGAUAGGUUACCAUUUGCUAAAGUAGGGUUCCUUAAGGGAGGCUUUUGACAUGCCACUCCAGGAGAGUUUAGAAAUUAAUUUGUUUUAAAAACAUGUUUUGUUUUUAAUUGAAUUUGCUCAGUUAUUGUCUUUUACGUUCUGGGUAAAUAAACUUAGUGUGCUGCCUGUGAGUUCUCUGUACCAUAAAACAGGAAAACGAGAAGUUUCCAGUCAAUCGCUAGCCCUUUUGUGGACCUCUGAUCCCGUUGAAAGACACACUGGCUUUGCAUGUAACUUGAAGAAAGGUAUUGUGUCCCAUUCAGCUUGACUUUUACUGUGAAAGGUGAAGUUUUGAGCUUUCCUUGUAUAUUGAACGGGCGCUUUAAAGACAGAGGUCACCAUCUACUGAGCAACUCUUCACUAAAUUGAUUUGUGGCAAUAUGACCUUAAGUCUGAUCUCCUUGCUGUACAAGGAUAUUGCAGAACUGUGGUAUCUUCUGAAGAAAAGAACAGAUGAAAUCAUGCAUCAAGAUAUUGUUCCCCUCUGUGCUGCAGAAAUUGAGGACGAGCUAAGGAAGAAGUUUGCCUAUCUGUCAGGUGGGCGAGGAAAAGAUGGCUGCCCUGUCAUCACUUUUCCAGAGUACUCAACAUUCAGCGAAAUUCCAGAAAAGGAGUUUCAGAGUGUUCUGACAUACCUCACUAACAUCCCCAGUUCACAAGAUGCUGGAAUUGGAUUUAUACUUGUCAUAGACCGCAGGCAAGACAAAUGGACUUCAGUGCAAGCCUCUAUACUGCGAAUUGCGGCAUCGUUUCCUGGAAAUUUGCAGCUAGUUCUGGUUUUGAGACCAACAGGAUUCUUUCACAGGACCAUUUUCGACAUUGCAUUCAAAUUUCAUAGAGAUGAGUAUAAGAUGAAGCUGCCGAUCAUAAUGCUGAGCUCACUAGCAGAAUUAAAUAGCUACAUUGACAGAACACAACUAACAGAAGAUCUUGGAGGAACUCUAGAUUACUGCCAUAAUAGGUGGCUGACACAUCGCACUGCUAUAGAGAACUUUGCUCAAAUGGUUAAGCAGACUGCUAAAAACCUUCGAUCCUUCGGGACUGAACUGGCAGAAACAGAGCUACCAAACGAUGUGCAAUCCACCAGUGCCCUUCUUACAGCACAUACUGAAAACAAAGACAAAAUGAAGGAGGAUCUGAGGAUAGCAUUAAUACAAGGAAAAGAUAUUCUCAAAAGUAUUAGAAAACCGGUUUUUGAAAACUCAGAAUACAACAUGAAUCCGGAUCAGCUAGAAAAUCAAACGACUGUGGAAAGGCUUCUAGCUCAACUAGAUGAAACUGAAGCAGCCUUUGAUGAUUUUUGGUCUAAACAUCAACAGAAGCUUGAGCAGUGCUUGCAACUUAGACAUUUUGAACUGGAGUUCAAAGAGGUCAAAGCAGCUCUUGAUAGUGUAUCUGAGAGGUUAUCACUUUUCACAGAAGUGGGAAAUAGCUGUUCACAUGUGGAGCACAUUCUGAAAGAUCUCACCAGCUCUGAAGAUAAAUCGCAUGAGAUUUUGGAAAAGGCCAAGAUGCUAAUCUCUAAAGGCGACCAGUUUAUACAAAACAACCAUUAUGCUGUGGACUCCAUUCUCCCCAAGUGCAAUGAACUGCAACAUCGCUGUGAUGCCAUUGCCACUGCAGUGAAUAAAAUCAGGGCUUUCUUGAACCAGUCGCAUGAGUUGCACAGCCGGCUGGAGAAGUCCAUGAAGUGGUGUGAUGAAGGAAUUUUCCUGCUGGCUUCACAGCCUGUGGACAAAUGCCAGUCCCAAGAUGGAGCAGAAUCCGCUUUACAGGAGAUCGAGAAGUUUUUGGAGACGGGUGGAGACAACAAGCUCAUGGAACCGAAUUACUUGUUCAGGGAAUAUGAAGCCAUCCUUAGCGAGGAAUUAAUGGAGCACAUACAAAAAGUUUUUCAGAAGCAGGAAAGCAUGGAAGAAAUGUUUCAAAAGAGGCGGGUCAGCCUUAAGAAACUGGCAGCUAAGCAGAUGCGUCCAGUUCAGCCCGUGGCCCCUAGACCAGAGACCUCUCCGAAAUCACCUUGUCCUCCUCCAGGCCUUCAAAGAGACUCUGAAGAUUCGUCCAGCCCUGACAGUCUCAUGGUUCGAAGAAUGAACCUGAGAAGAAUCAAGAGUGAAAUCAGUGAAAUCAAUCAAAACAGAGGUGGAUCUGUGAUGGAUGAUGAAGAAAAUCUAGCCGUGUUAAGGAAACAUGUAAUGAAUGAACUUCUUGAAACGGAACGAGCGUAUGUGGAAGAACUUCUGUGCGUUCUUGAGGGCUAUGCUGCAGAAAUGGACAGCCCCUUAAUGGCACAUCUCAUUUUACCAGGGCUGCAAAAUAAGAAAGAUGUCUUGUUCGGAAACAUGGAAGAAAUCUAUCACUUUCACAACAGAAUAUUCUUAAGAGAACUAGAAAAUUACAUAGAAUAUCCAGAACUGGUAGGAAGGUGUUUCCUUGCAAGGAUGGAAGACUUUCAGAUUUAUGAAAAAUACUGUCAGAAUAAACCUCGAUCUGAAAGUCUAUGGAGGCAGUUCUCAGACUCUGUAUUCUUUCAGGAGUGUCAGAGAAAACUUGACCACAAGCUGAGUUUGGAUUCCUAUUUGCUGAAACCUGUUCAAAGAAUAACCAAAUAUCAGCUUUUGCUAAAGGAAAUGCUGAAAUACAGUAAAAAUUGUGAAGGGGCGGAAGAUCUUCAGGAGGCACUGACAUCAAUAUUGGGAAUUCUUAAAGCAGUUAAUGAUUCCAUGCACCAGAUUGCAAUCACUGGCUAUGAUGGAAACCUGAAUGAACUUGGCAAGCUUCUGAUGCAGGGAUCUUUCAGUGUGUGGACUGAUCACAAAAAGGGGCACUCGAAAGUCAAGGACCUGGCACGUUUCAAGCCAAUGCAGAGGCACCUCUUCCUUCAUGAGAAGGCAAUACUGUUCUGUAAAAAGAGAGAAGAAAAUGGAGAAGGAUAUGAGAAAGCACCCUCUUAUAGCUUUAAGAAUUCCUUAAAUAUGACUGCUGUUGGAAUAACAGAGAACGUUAAAGGUGACGCUAAAAAAUUUGAAAUCUGGUAUAAUGCAAGGGAAGAAGUGUAUAUAAUACAGGCUCCAACCCUGGAAGUCAAAGCCACCUGGGUAAAUGAAAUUAGGAAAGUAUUGACCAGUCAGUUACAGGCAUGCAGGCAAGCUAGCCAGCAUAGAGUUCUAGAACAUACAAACAGUCUCCCUUUACCUGCAUCGUCUAAUAAUACCAGUCCUUCAAGAAAUGAGGCAAGGAACACCAGAAAACAGGAGGAGAAAAAUGCUGGUGUUGUAAGUCCUGAUGGAUGUGUGACCUCAGUAGCAUCAAAGUAUCCUGAAAAAGGCAAAGAAACAGCGUCUCCUACCGCUAAAAGCCAGACUUUGCCAAUGAUCCUUCUUUCACGACCAGCUUCUCCUACCAGCCCAGACAAAAACACUAAACGACAUGAAGUAAAGAGUGAUCCAACUCCUUUGGGUUUGAGAGGAUGGUCUAAAACAUCUCAGUCACUUGAUGCUUCUGAAGAAAAUGAUGGCUGGUCCAGUGCGGAGGAUCCGCUUAAUUCCUCAGAUGCAGAAGAAGAAGUAAAAGUAGAGAAGAAGCUGACUCCUGGUAAAUACACUGUUGUGGCCGAUCAUGAGAGAGGAGGCCCUGAAGACAUGGCCCUGAAAAGCGGAGAGUUAGUUCAGCUGAUGCAUGAAGGAGAAGAUGGACUUUGGUAUGUAAAGAAUCUGACCACAAGCAAAGAAGGUUGGGUUCCAGUCAACAGUUUGUUGGUGCUGCUUGGCAACUCAAAAUCUGCUAUAUCUCUGAGCAGCUCAGUCUUCUUAAAGCAUGAGGAAGCAAGCCGUGUGCUACAAAGGAAUAAGAGAGCCAACUCCUUCUUUGAAGAGUUGAAAGCGGGAUCACUGGAACGAGAAUGUAUGGAAGAGAAAUGUUCAUUUGAGGAAGCCAGAGAAAUCUACAAAGAUGGCGAAAGAACUAUGGAAUUCUGGAAACAAUACACAGAUCCUAAUGAGUGUGACUCCAACCCUUGUCAAAAUGGUGGGACUUGUCAUGAUGAGUACAAGAAGUACAAUUGUUACUGUCCUGAAGAUUAUGAGGGCAAAAACUGUGAAAUUGGCCCAGAAACCAGACUGAAGUGCAUUUAUGACAACGGCAACUGUGAGCAUUAUUGCAUCGAUAUCCCAAAUGCAGUACGACAGUGUUUCUGUGCAGAGGGAUAUAGGCUGGGAAAUGAUAAAGAAUCUUGUAUCCCAGAAGUUGAUUAUCCUUGUGGGAAAAUACCACUUCUGGCCAAAAAAAUGGAGGACCGACGGGGAAGAAUCGUAGGUGGUUAUACCUGUCCUCCAGGUGAAUGCCCAUGGCAAGCUCUCAUGCUAGAAGGUCAAAUGCAGAGGUGUGGAGGUGUUCUGAUUGCUCCAUCAUGGGUAGUUACUGCAGCCCACUGCUUCUCACAAACACGCCGUGAAACACUCAGGAUAAAGCUGGGUAAAUACAGGAUAAACCAGAAAGACGAAGGUGAACAGGAAAGAAGAGUUGCUAAAAUCAUAAUCCAUGAAAAGUAUUCUCCCCAAAAAGUUGAAAAUGACAUCGCCUUGUUGCAAUUAGUGACACCUGUCAAUUUCACAGAUUAUGUGGUGCCCAUAUGCUUGCCUCAGCAGCGGUUUGCUGCAGAUGUGCUGAGCUUCAUUGAAUACUCCACAGUGAGUGGAUGGGGGCGUCUCUUAGAAGGCGGGGCUACAUCAGCCACACUUAUGCAAGUGAGACUCGUCAAAAUGCACAGAAAAGAAUGUGCUCAGCACACUAACUUUAAUAUUACAAAGAACAUGUUCUGCGCAGGAUACCUUAAUGGGACUCGGGACUCUUGUGAAGGUGACAGCGGUGGGCCUCACGCCACUGAAUAUAGGAACACGUGGUUUCUAACAGGGAUCGUGAGCUGGGGUAAAGGCUGUGCAGCAAUGGGCACAUACGGAGUUUACACCAAUGUAGUCGAAUACAUUGGGUGGCUAAACAAUCACAUGCAGAAUACCUCUACCACUGCAGUUGUACAUACGCCCUCUCAGAAUUAAGGCCUAUUGAGUUCAAUGGGAUUUAAUCCCAUUGCAGCCUUCAUUAGCACUUUCUGUGUGUGUUUUUUUUUACACUUGUUUUUCAGAAUUCUUCGAGCAUCGUAUAUCAAUUAAAGGCUAUAUACUGAAUUAACACUUUUAUUCAUUUUCACAAGUUUAUUCUUCACUAUUAUUUUUAACAUUGCGACCAGGAAGGGAGCAUACGCUGUUUAUAAUCGUAGUGUUAUCUUUAGCAUAUAUUCACUUACAACAAGAAAAAUAAGAAUUUGAUUUUAUUCUUGCGGUCUUAAAAGUUUCAGUAGAAACGAGAGUGGACAUGCAUAAUUCAGUUUGCAUAAGACAAAGUAUUUAAAGUGAUAGGAGAUGCUGUCUUGGCUUUGUUCCUUUCUCUCUACAUGGUUUGUGAAUGCCAGUGUGGUGUAGUGGUUAAGAGCGGUAGACUCCUAAUCUGGGGAACCGGAUGCUCCUCCCAGAGCCGCUGUGAAAUCACCUUCUGGUGCCCCCCCCCCUGCCAAUCAUAUUUCAAACACAAGAGGUGGUGGUGGCCACGAUUCAGACACCUUUAAAAGAAGACCAGCAAAUUCAUGGAAAAUAAGGGAAUCAAUGGCUACCAAACCUGAUGGCUGUGUUCUGUCCUCCCUGGUUGGAGGCAGUAUGCUCUGCAUACUAGUUGCCAAAAACCACAGGGAAAGAGUGCUGUUGUGCUUAGGUCCUAAUUGUAGGUUCUCAUGGGCAUCUGGGGGGCCACUGUGAGAACACAACACUAGAUUAGAUGACCCAUUGGUGUGAUCCAACAGGCUCUCAUCAUGCCCUAAGAUGAGCACAGAUUCUGAACACUUCUCUUUGCCAGAAUUACUACACAGUAACAAAAUCCACAUGCUCCACCUGUUUGGAGUUAGAUUACGAUACUCAUCCUGCCUACUGUAGCUCUAUUUUAUAAAGAAACAAGGAUAGGAUUUGAAAUGUGCAUCAUUAUUUGAUGAGAGUUUAGUAAGACUAUCUCUGUCAUUCCCAGUGGACAAAACUUCCACAUGGAAGAUAAAAACAAUAUUUAUUUAUUUAAAAAUCCUAUUUCUUGCCAGUCUUCUGCUUCUUGAAUAUGUAUGCAUCAGAACUAAGUCUAUUUGCAUAAGGAAAAGAUCAUAUCCCUUCUUCACUAACUGAUUCCAAAUAAAAGCUCAUAUACAGUUUCUUA